AACCGUGACCCUCCGCUCCCUUGUUUUUCUCAUCACCACCACCACCGCCGCCGCCGGUCGCGCCGUCAGUACCUCGCGGCGGUGUCCUCUGAGACGGCGGUCAGUUUGCUCCAGUGUCAGGUGACGAGUGUCAUGCCAAAGCCGGACGGUGGUACCGUCGUCAGCAUUGCAUCGACGGUGCGUCCAGUGGCCGGCGCGUCUGCCUCGCUGGCCGAGAUCACCGGCCUCAUCAACGCUGAUCUCAAGAAGGCAGAUCUGCAAAGUCCGGACAGCUCCGUCAACUUUGCGGACACCGGGCCGGCCUCUGUCAGCCUGCGCUGUAGGUCAUAA